AUGGAGAGAGAGCUUGUCUCCUUCCUUCCUCCAGCUCCCUCCAGAUCGAGGAAGCUGGAGCUCGCCCCCGUCCAUGGCCUCCGCCACACCCUCCUGCUCCGCCUGCUCCUCCUCCCUCGAAGCCUCCCGCGCGCCAUUGUCGAUUUCCCAAACCAGACCGCCUCCCCGUGUCACGGGACAAGUAAAACUGGUGGUCACACACAGCACAGCGACCACACGAUCGAUCGAGCUCGAGCCGGCGGAGAGAAAAGCGCUCACUCCCACGAGGCCGGCCAGCUCUGCAUGCACACAGGUGCCGACCACGACCGCACCAGCAUGGCCAAGUGGGAUCCCACCUACCCGCGCUCCAAGCAGUGGUUAACCCCGACCCGCCGCAGCCUCGCGCUGCGCCGCAAGCGCUUGUCCCGCCACGUCGUGUCGGGGCUCUCCGCCAGAGACUCCAGCGCGUCCGGAGCGGAUCUGGAGCUGGCAGCGCCCAAGCGGCGGCGCAGCAUCGGCGGGUCCACGGACUGGAGGGUCGGGCUGCUGCUGCCGACCACCACCACAGCCUCCUCCUCCUCCGUGCGGAAGGGCAACGACGGCCACGCGCGUGCGAAGCGGGGCGCGUGGCUCGACGAGGCCGGCGUCGCGCACUUCCUCACCGCGCUGGAGCGGACGUGGAACAAGACGGUGGCGGGCGCGUCGAGGAUGUUCGUGGAGAGGCACCGGAGCAGCCACAUGCAGCUCAUCAGCGACAUGGUCUAG